UAAAAAUUAAAAUAUAAUUAAAAAAAAAAACCAAAUAAAACAGAGCAAAAAUACAGAGAUUGAGAUUUGAGAGGAAGAGAGAAGAAGGCCAUGGCAUAUCUCUUCGGAUGGCUCCUGACCUUCUUCUUCCUUAUAUCUCUUCUCGCCAUUAUAAGUUAUCAGCUGAUGUGUUUUGCUGAUUUGGAAUUUGAUUACAUUAAUCCUUACGAUUCGGCGGCACGGAUAAACAUGGUCGCGAUGCCGGAAUUUGUAAUUCAAGCUGUUUUUUGUUUGGUCUGUUUAACGACAGGACCUUCUUUUAUGUGUUUCCUGUCUCUUCCAUAUUUGUACUAUAAUUUCAGAUUGUAUAGAAGGAGAAGGCACUUGGUUGAUGUAACUGAGAUCUAUAAUCAGCUGAAUUGGGAAAAGAAGCAAAGACUUGUGAAACUUGGCUAUCUUAUAAUCCUUUUAGUUAUUUUUAUAGUUUGGUUGCUUUGGACUGUAGGAAAUGAUGAUUAUUAAACAGGCUUUGGUGAAUACUGCCUUUGUUUACCAACUGGGAGUUCUUAUUUACUUUCUGCAAUUUUCCUUUUGAAUUAAGGUGUACAAUGGUAUUGAGCAAUAAUGUAUGAGAACUGGAUCAUAACUCAUA